CCGUCCCCCCGGGAUGUACCCGUCGCUGUGGUGCUGCUUCUUGCUGUGGGCCCCGGCCCUGACGCUGAAGAACCUCAACUACUCGGUGCCGGAGGAGCAGGGCCCGGGCACGGUGAUCGGCGACAUCGGCAGGGAUGCCCGUCUGCAGCCGGCGGCGGCGGCCGUCGGGGGGGCGUCGGGCCGCGGCCGUCCGGGCAGCUACCGGGUCCUGGAGAACUCGGCCCCGCACCUGCUGGACGUGGACGGCGAGAGCGGGCUCCUGUACACCAAGCAGCGCAUCGACCGCGAGGCCCUGUGCCGCCGCAGCGCCAGGUGCCAGCUGUCCCUGGAGGUGUUCGCCCACGAGCGGGAGAUCUGCAUGAUCAAGGUGGAGAUCGAGGACGUGAACGACAACGCGCCCGCCUUCCCCUCGGAGCGGAUGGACGUGGACAUCUCGGAGAACGCGGCCCCCGGCACCCGGUUCCCCCUGAGCGGGGCCCGCGACCCCGACGCCGGCCCCAACGGGCUGCGCACCUACCGGCUCAGCCGCGACGACCGCGGCCUCUUCGGCCUCGACGUCAAGGCCCGCGGCGACGGCACCAAGUCCCCGGAGCUGGUGAUCCAGAAGGCGCUGGACCGCGAGGAGCAGAGCCGCCACACGCUGCUGCUGACGGCCCUCGACGGCGGCGACCCGCCGCGCUCGGCCACGGCGCUGAUCGACGUGAAGGUGAUCGACUCCAACGACAACAGCCCCGUGUUCGAGGCGCCGGCCUACCUGGUGGAGCUGCCGGAGGACGCGCCCCCGGGCACCGAGGUCAUCGACCUCAACGCCACGGACGCCGACGAGGGGCCCAACGGCGAGGUGGUCUACUCCUUCGGCGGCUACGCGGCCGAGCGGGCCCGGGACCUGUUCUCCAUCGACCCCAAGAGCGGGCUGAUCCGGGUCAAGGGCGGGCUGGACUACGAGGAGGGCGGGCUGGUGGAGAUCGACGUGCAGGCCCGGGACCUGGGGCCCAACCCCAUCCCGGCCCACUGCAAGGUGGCCGUCCGCCUGCUGGACCGCAACGACAACGCCCCGUCCAUCGGCUUCGUCUCGGUGCGCCAGGGGGCCCUGAGCGAGGCCGCCCCGCCGGGCACCGUCAUCGCCCUGGUGCGGGUCACCGACCGCGACUCGGGCCGCAACGGCCAGCUGCAGUGUCGCGUCCUGGGAGGUGGAGGUGGAGCAGGUGGAGCAGGUGGAGCAGGAGGAGCAGGUGGCGGAGGGGCAGGAGCGGCGGGAGGAGCGGGAGCAGCCGUCGGGGGACUAGGCCCCAACUCCGCCUCCGCCGUCCCCUUCAAGCUGGAGGAGAACUACGACAACUUCUACACCGUGGUGACGGACCGGCCCCUGGACCGCGAGGCCCAGGACGAGUACAACGUGACCAUCGUGGCCCGCGACGGCGGCUCCCCGCCGCUGGACUCGGCCAAGUCGUUCUCCGUGCGGAUCCUGGACGAGAACGACAACCCGCCGCGCUUCACCAAGGGCCUGUACGUGCUGCAGGUGCCCGAGAACAACAUCCCCGGCGAGUACCUGGGCUCCGUGCUGGCGCAGGACCCGGACCUGGGCCAGAACGGCACCGUGUCCUACUCCAUCCUGCCGUCGCGGGUGGGGGACGUGUCCAUCUACACCUACGUGUCGGUCAACCCCACCAACGGGGCCAUCUACGCGCUGCGCUCCUUCAACUACGAGCAGACCCGGGCCUUCGAGUUCGGGGUGCUGGCCAAGGACUCGGGGGCCCCGGCGCACCUGGAGAGCAACGCCACGGUGCGGGUGGCCGUGCUGGACGUCAACGACAACGCGCCCGUCAUCGUGCUGCCCGCCCUGCUCAACGACACGGCCGAGCUGCGGGUGCCCCGCCGCGCCGGCCGGGGCUACCUGGUGGCCACCGUGCGGGCCCUGGACGGCGACGGGGGCGACAGCGGCCGGCUCACCUACGAGAUCGUCGACGGCGACGACGACCGCCUGUUCCGGAUGGACGCGGACAGCGGCGAGCUGCGCACCGCCCGCCCCUUCGGGGAGGACGGGCCGGCCUCCGCCGACCUGGUGGUCAGGGUCAGCGACCACGGGCGGCCCUCCCUGUCGGCCGUGGCCCGGCUGCUCAUCCGCACCUCGUCCUCCUCCUCGUCCUCCUCCUCGUCCUCCUCCUCCUCGUCCUCGUCGGCCGCCGCCGCGGACCCCCCUCCCGAAGGGGAGCCCCGCUCCCCGGACGGCGAGCCCCGCCGCUGGGACGUGUCCCUGCCCCUCAUCGCCACCCUGGGCGCCGUGUCCCUCCUGCUCCUGGCCGCCAUGGUCACCAUCGCCGUCAAGUGCCGGCGCCAGAACAAGGACAUCCGCACCUACAACUGCCGCGUCGCCGAGUACGGACACCCGCAGAUGGGGGGCGGCGGGGGCGGCGGCGGGGGCGGCAACAAGGGCAAGAAGAAGCUCAGCAAGAACGACAUCAUGCUGGUGCCCAGCGAGGGGGAGGAGCGCGGCGCCCUCAACGUCAUGAACGUGGUCAGCGGGCCCUCCCUGCCCGCCUCGCCCAUGUACUUCGACUACCAGACCCGCCUGCCCCUCAGCUCCCCCCGCUCCGAGCUCAUGUACCUCAAACCCGCCUCCAACAGCCUCACCGUCCCGCAGGGACACGGGGGCGGCGGCGGCGGCGGCGGCGGUUGCCAUGCCAACGGCCCCGGACAGGGUACCAACGCCGCCGACACCCCCGCCACCAGGAUGUCCGUGAUUCAGACAGACAAUUUCCCCGCAGAGCCCAAUUACAUGGGCAGCAGGCAGCAGUUUGUUCAAAGUAGCUCCACAUUCAAGGACCCAGAAAGAGCUAGUUUGAGGGACAGCGGACAUGGGGACAGCGAUCAGGCUGACAGUGACCAAGACACUAACAAAGGCUCCUGCUGUGACAUGUCUGUUAGGGAGGCACUCAAGAUGAAAACUGCUUCGACUAAAAGCCAACCACUCGAACAAGAACAAGAAGAGUGUGUUAAUUGCACAGAUGAAUGCCGAGUGCUUGGUCAUUCUGACAGGUGUUGGAUGCCACAGUUUCCUAACGCCAAUCAGGCCGAAAAUGCAGACUACCGCACAAAUCUCUUUGUACCCACAGUUGAAGCUAAUGUUGAGACUGAGACUUAUGAAACUGUGAAUCCCACUGGGAAAAAGACUUUUUGUACAUUUGGAAAAGACAAGCGAGAGCACACUAUUCUCAUUGCCAAUGUUAAACCUUAUUUAAAAGCCAAACGUGCCCUGAGUCCUCUCCUCCAAGAGGUUCCCUCAGCAUCAAGCAGCCCAACCAAGACAUGCAUUGAGCCUUGCACCUCAACAAAAGGACCACUGGAUGGUUGUGAAGCAAAAUCAGGAGCUCUGGCCGAACCCAGCAGCCAGUACCUGUCCACUGACAGUCAGUACCUAUCGCCUAAUAAACAGUCGAGAGACACUCCAUUCAUCGCAUCGGAUCAGAUGGCCAGGGUCUUUGCAGAUGUACAUUCCCGAGUGAGCCGAGAUUCCAGUGAAAUGGACUCUGUUCUUGAACAGUUAGACCAUUCAAGCCGGGAUUUAGGCAGAGAGUCUGUGGAUGCAGAGGAAGUUGUGAGAGAAAUUGAUAAGCUUCUACAGGACUGCCGGGGCAGUGACCCUGUGGCUGUGAGGAAGUGAAAAAACAAAAGAAAAAAAGGAAAGCAUUGGCAUUUCCUUGCCUCUUCUGCUGAUUUAAAAACACUCUCCCCUGAUUAUAACAGUUUGACAGGGAUGAAGGAAGACCAAUGCUGCUUUAAGGCUUUUAGUGAACAUCUGAAGUGCCCACAAGUAUGUUCUUUUCACUGCUGUUUAUUUUUCACAAAUAACACUGAUUUCGUUUUGGCCAAACUUACUAGGACAGAGUCAAAUACACCCUAACAAUAGAGGAAGAGAAAGAUACGUGUUGACCUUCUGACAAUCUGUUAGGAAAGCAAAAGGAAGGAAGAAUCGAUGUACUUCUGAUCAUUGCUAAGACUGUCCUUGCUGGUUAUUGCUGACAACUGUUUACCUACAAACCCCAUGAAAAGCAGGGUUGACAAAUUUUGGUCUGUGGUGGAUUUCCAAAAGUCAUCGCAGGCUUCUACUGAAAGUCCUGAAAAGAUCUUGCAGUAGUCCAAGCUACACCAAACAUUAGCACGCAUUUGUGGUAAACAUUUCUGUAUAAAGUUCUCUGCCGUACAUUCACCUACAAACAUUCCAGACCACUAUUCAAGAACACAUAUCUUAGUCAUUAGUAACAGCCUUCAUGUCAUAGAAAAGUUAAGUGUAAAAUGAUAUAGUCCAUUUUGUCCUGCACACACAAGCUAAUUCAUUUCAUAAAAGAGAAGAAUAAAAGUUUUAAUGCCUAUUUAGCAUUUUAGUGUCCAACAAAGGUUUAAAUGAUUAUAAUAUGUUUUUAACCUUGAACUUUAACAAGUUGCUCAAAGAUAGUUACCACUGAAAGGUAAUACCCAGAAUGAAUUAACUUGAUUAUUAACACUUUCUUAUUCAUUUGUGGACACUAAAAUAGCUCAGGAAAGUGAAAAUAUCCUAGACAUACACAAAUCAUAUGACCAUUUAAAUGUGCAAAUGUAAGAAGAUUCAAUGUGUUUACAUCAAAUGACAUAUUUUUAUUGAUUUAUUGCAGAUUCAGUGCAUAUGAGCCAAAUUGUUGAGUGUAUAAGAGCUAUAUUGUGUAUUUUAUUAAAUUAAUAUAUAGUUGUGUUGCAAAAAUAUUUGGGCUUAUAUUGUAAAUGGCAAGUGUUGCCUCAGUAGCUGUCGAACUCUAUGAGUUUUGUUUUUUCCUGCUUCCUUUUCCCAAUGGAGUGUGGGAAGCAGUGCCUCAGAGCAAAGUCUCUUGUUUAAUGUAUGGUCUACCAAGUACUACAGUACAUAAGUCUGUUCAAAAUGUGUUUGAGUGAGCUGAUGGAACUGCCUGAAUUGUCAAGAUCCGUAACCAUCAGUUAAGGUUAUGUGCAAGUCCUUCUUGAAGCUUUGAUGACAAAACCCAUCUAGAUUACAAAACAUUAUACUUUAACCAAACCCAGAAACCUCCUUGUUUUUGUCAAGAAGUAUGCAGAUUCAUCUGAUAUGUAUCUCACACUUUUUAACUUAAUGAAACAUCUUUAUAGUUCAGGGUAAUAACAUAUUUUGUUUAGAAAGCAUGAAAUUGUUUCAUUCCAUGAAGGGGGCACCUUGGGUUUAUCUUUGGCUGCCUCAGUGUCUUACGUUGCUUACCCCAUUUUUUUUCCUCAUUAGUAUUAUAUGUUAUUUGAAAUGUUAGUUUACCUACUUUUUCUUGGACCUGUUUAAAAAGAACAGUUUUCUUCUUUCUUCCAAUUUUCACAGUGGCUUCUUCCCAUUUAAAAAAUUGCUUUUAGGUAUAUUCACAUUCAAAGAUAGCAAAAAUAAUAAUAGCACAUGCACAAGAAAUGGCAAAGAGAAAAUCCUUUGCAUAAUAUUUUUCCUGAGUGUUAUAAAUACCUGGCAUUUAUCAGCACCAGUAUCGCACUCAGGAAAUAUGGUGCUCAAUUAGAUUAAGGCUGUUUGUAAACCAGUACAGCAAAGUUCAGUACUUACAACUGUUGGAGAAUAUUGUGCCUUCCAUAUCGGCUACUAUGUUGGUAUAGAAAUGGUGUAUAUAUAUAUACAUAGAUAUAGAUCUAGAUCUAUAUAGAUAUAUAUACAUACACAUGCACACAUACACACUUACAUGCACACCUGCACGGAGUGAACUGAAUUCAGUUUUUCAAUUUCAAACCUCAGAGAACUCAAAUUCAAGAUAAAUUUUGAAUUUCACCUCAUUGCAAAACUGCAUUUAAAAUAAAUAAUCAUCAAAUCUCAUCAACCUUCUAAUCUUACAAUGAACUGUUUUUUUAUUCUUGGUAACAUCCCUUCCAAAGCAAUGUUCUCAGUUUUUGCCUUUAAAAUUUUAAAUUAAAAAAAAGGAACUUGUACACAUUGAACCUACCUACUCUCCAUAUUUUGGACAAUUUAUGUAUCUGAAAUGUGUUGUCUCUGUUCUACAAUGUUAUUUUGCCAGGAGACUACAGGUUGAUUGGGCUUGAUAGCUGAAAUUUGAUGGAAGAGUGGUUCUCAAUGAGUUUCGUUAGAAUUGUGUCUCUCUCAUUAAUCUCCAAUAUCCACCAUGUAAAAGCUAAGGCAGUGAUGAGUACUUAAAAUCAACUGAGAGACUAAAACUUCUUCUUAUAACAUCCUUAUAAGAUGUCAAUAAGGACAUCUUAUUAACAUGUUUAAAUCCAUUAAACAUGGAGUAACCAGUUGUACAAUUCAUCAUAUAUGUCUGAAGACAUUAAAAGAAAAUUUAAAAAUUGGUUGUGCCAAUGUAAGAGGAAUUUACCUUAUGGUUCUCUGUCACUGGUGAUUUACUAGCUUUAGCUCUUUAACAUAACUGUAUUUAGUAGUGAUUAUUUAUUUACCAGUCCGCUGUAAUUUGGUAUUCAUGACUCAUUUUUCUAGCUGAGUUGAGGGAAUCUUGCUUUUGUUCAUUGGCUGGCAUCUGCCUUUCUUUGAGACCUCUAACACUUUGCUUCUGAGGAAGCCUACUGCAAUUGUCAGCUUCACAGUUUAAAGAACAUCCUGCUACUAAAGUGAUCUGUGAUUAGUGAAAUUUGAAAGGAUUUCAUCCUAAUUGGUAACAUAAACUGUAGAGGAAUUGAGACAUAUAGAAAAGAUGUUACCUCACAUCCUCCAAAGUGCCCCAAAUAAACUCCAGUAAUUAAAUCAUUUUUGACAUUUUUAGGCAUCAUGUACUUAAAUCAAGGAUAAAAAAUUACAUUUCAUGGAAUGGAAAAUAAAUUUUCCAUAGAUGAUAUUAAAUAAUUUAAUUCAGGAGGGGAAGUUUAAAAGAUAAAACCAAAAAAAAUUUCCUAUAAUAUUCACACUCAAAAGCAAAUACUGACAUGGCAAAUCCUGCAAUUUCAAAAAAAAUGCCUUCCUACGUUUUCCUAAUGUGACUCAUCCUUAAUGUGACACACCACAAAUGAACUGGAUUUGCAGUCAGAUCAAAAAUUGACUUGUCUUGGUUUCCUCAAUUAGCACAGACCUUCAUAACUCUGACUUGCCAUUAGAGCUUGUAAAAGGUGCCCACAGACUAUGACCAUAAAACAAUCAUAUGAUUACUAGUAAUGAAGUUAGAUGCUUUAUUAGAACCAGUUUUAUAGAUGUUCCCUGCCUAAUGGAGUUGAAGUUGCUGGGGUCAACAAGUAGACUGAAGCCUGGCAUAAUAUAAACCCACCCAUUAUUGUCUGAUUAAAUUAUUUUGACAACAGGCAGCAUUUAUCAGAACAUGGAUUCAAAUGAGAGUUUUGGCUAUCAAGACUUGUUGAUUUGAAAUAUAAUUGAAUGAAACCUGAUUAAAGUCUUGGCUUUCCUGGCCCCAUUGUUUCACAGAUUGGCAAUUCACAUUUAUCCCAUUGCCCAAUAAAGUUCUAAGCUGCACCAAGUGAUUGGUGAACAAUGACAACAACAACAAAAGCAGCAUACGUUGUAUGGAUUUUCUCAACCGCUAUUGUUUAAUGGCUGUGUUUAAUGUGACCUAUCUGGAAAAUGAGGACUACAAAUAAA